AUGGAGAUACAACACAUGCCGCCUCGCAAUCCUGAGCUACGGUCGGCCCACCCUCGCCCACAGGUUGCCCCAAGUGGCGGAUACGUGCCUUUCAUCAACCAAAGAACCAGACAGUUUUCAGCAGCUCUGUACAUAUAUUCUGCGUAUUCACCCUUUGAAGAUUUGCUCAAUAUUCACAUGAGCGAGGGGUUGCCGAUUACGCCUGUUACCUCAAUGGACCAGCUGGAUAUCGCUGGCAAUGCUUCUUUUGUGUCGUUGACCAAUAGCACGAGAUAUAUUCGGCAUAUACCGGUAGACUUUUCGUUGCUGAGAGAUAUUACGCUGCUGGACAGAUAA